GAAAAUAAUAUCUGCGAAAUUUUAAGAUUCCGUUAGUCAAUGGACAGAUACCUGCUAUAGAACCUAACGAUAUAAUACCGGUGAUUGUGGCGCAUUAUCCAUUUACCCUGCGCCGUGCCGCCUUAGGAUACGAACGAAUUCAGUGGUACGAGGAAUUUCCUGCGAGAUUGAAUUAGGAGGGGUUUCCGUGUUAGAUCAAAGUUACAGCGACAAAGUCACAUAUACAUAGAAGAAUUGAGGCUUGCUCAUCAUGAGUUCGGGCGGGGGAGAUGCGAAGCUCUUUGCAAGGGUAUGUCCUUUGUUUUUCACUCUCACACAAUUUCAGUAACUUCUACAUCUCAUUUGCGCCUCAUUCGAUAUGCUUGGCCGGGCUGUUGCAUAUUGUAGCACCUCAGAUGCUUUGGAUCUCAUGGUUUGGAUAAGCUUCAGAUUUGAUUUGUUUCGAACUUCACAAUGAAGGCGCAUCCUGCUAUCAUGUUUCUACCUCACUAUAUUCCACCAUCUGGAUUUGUUGGCUCACUUUAUAAUCGUUCACCACAGGGCAAAGUCGCGGAACUUAGAUUGGAAUUGAAUAGUGGUGGGAAGAAGGACAAGAACCAUGCCGCGAAGAAGAUUGCUCUGAAGAAGAUCGUGGCCAACAUGACCAUGAGCAAUAAUGACAUGGUCGCUCUGUUUCCGGAUAUUGUUGGCUGUAUGCAAAUACCAAGCUUGGAGAUUAAGAAAAUGUGGGUGGACUAUCUAUAGCGACGAUCGCGCAGAUUGAUAACUGAUGCGAUCAUAGGUGCUUCUUGUUUUUGGUUAACUAUGCUCGUAUGAAACCGGAGGUGGCUGUUAAGGCAUUGCCUACUUUGCAAGAGGCAAGCUUUCUAUCUCGUACCGUAUUGCUUAAGCUAACAUUUGUCAAAUAGGAUAUGAACGACUCCAAUCCCCUUGUGAGAGCUCUUGCCUUGCGAACGAUGUCAUAUAUCCAUGUCCGAGAUUUCGUCGAGGCCACAGUACCACCCACAAAGCAACUUCUUCGAGAUGCAGACCCUUAUGUUCGCAAGACGGCCGCUUUCUGUGUCGCAAAACUAUACGAUCAUGACAGGCAUUUGGUUGAAGGCUCUGAUCUAAUCGAUAGGCUGAAUUCGAUGUUGAGGGAUGAUAACCCAACGGUGGUGGCUAGUGCGUUAGCAAGUUUAAUGGAUAUAUGGGAGAGAAGUGAUGCGAUCAAGCUCACCAUUGACUAUGGAAACGCUUCAAAGAUGGUUCAGAUUCUCCCGGACUGUUCCGAGUAAGUAUCUUCCUUCUAAUCUCGAUCCGUUUGACCUAACAAUAAUAGAUGGGGCCAAACAUAUAUUUUGGAAGCGUUAAUGUCAUAUGUUCCACAAGAAUCCUCCGAGGCUUUGUUGUUAGCGGAGCGCAUAUCUCCACGUUUAUCACAUUCAAAUUCUGCAGUCGUCCUUACGUGCAUAAGGGUAGUUCUGUACCUAAUGAACUAUAUUAAUGAUCAAAAGCAAAUUUCGGCAUUAUGUCGGAAGCUUUCGCCUCCUUUAGUUACUCUGUUGGCGAAGGGUCCGGAGGUUCAAUAUCUCGCAUUACGAAAUGCAUUGUUAAUAUUGCAAAGGAGGCCAGAAGUCCUACGAAACGAUAUUCGAGUAUUUUUCUGCAAAUAUAAUGACCCUAUCUAUGUCAAAGUUACCAAACUGGAAUUGAUCUUCAUGUUGGCAAAUGAAAAGAACAUUCAAGAGGUUCUUACCGAAUUAAGAGAGUACGCCACAGAAAUUGACGUUCACUUUGUCCGCAAAUCAGUACGAGCAAUCGGAAAGCUUGCUAUCAAAAUCGAGCCUGCGGCUAAACAGUGUAUUAAUACAUUGCUGGAGCUAGUGGCCACAAAAGUUACCUACAUUGUACAAGAAGCAACGGUGGUAAUUCGGAACAUUUUCAGAAAGUACCCUAAUCAAUACGAGUCUAUAAUUGGUACAUUGUGCGAGAAUUUGGAUUCUCUAGAUGAGCCUGAAGCUAAGGCUGCCAUGAUUUGGGUCAUUGGACAAUAUGCAUCUCGGAUAGAGAACUCUGAUGUUUUACUUGAAGAUUUCUUAUACUCCUUUGCGGAUGAGCCAGUGGAAGUUCAACUUGCUCUUCUCACUGCAACCGUUAAGUUGUUUAUUCAAAGGCCGACAAAAGGACAAGAACUCGUUCCUAAAGUGUUAAAAUGGGCCACAGAAGACACAGAUAACCCAGAUUUGCGAGACAGAGGCUACAUGUACUGGCGUCUGCUCUCCUCGGAUAUGGCAACAGCGAAAGCCAUUGUUAUGGGCGAGAAGCCGCCUAUUACUGCUGAAUCGGAGAAACUCGAUCCUGCCACCCUUGAAGAGAUGUGCCUUAACGUUGGUACUCUAGCUACUGUUUAUCUUAAACCUGUCCAACAGGUAUUUCGAUCCGCUCGCCCACGUCGUCUCACAGACUCUCCCGCUUUACAAAAACAGCAUCUUCCGAAUUGGGACAUGGAUUCACAAAAAUCACUGUCUGCAUUCGGAAACUCUCAACCUAUAGUAAAGCCCAACGGACAAGGCGAUCUAGCUGCAGCAGUUGAUGCAGCGGAUGCCUUUUUCGCCGGAGUUGGUCAACAAAUGGCAAGCAUGAAUUUGAAUGGGCAGGAUGAAGGAUUCGGUGGUAGUCCUAGCGUCGGCCGAAGUGAAAUGCAAUAUGUGGUUAACCAAAAUGCACCAGAGCAGGUUUAUCAACCAGCAGUGGGACAGGGUUCUAAUGGCGAUUUACUUAUGUUUAAUUGAAAGUUUUUAGCGAGAUAUUUCUCCUAUUAUAUUCGGGCAGGGGUUUUACGGCUAAAGAUAUUUGUAGUUGAUAUACUAAAUGCAUGGAAAUUUCUUCUUCAAUUGUUG